GUUAUGAAGACGGUGUUGUGCGUGUUUGUGCGAUAGGAGAGGUGUCUCUCGGUAGUUCUGGAGGACGAUUUUUUCGACCGACAUCGGCGGCGAGUGCUCGACAGCAGGAGUGAUACAACACCUUCAGUCAACACGCUUGCGACAAAGGCGUACCUAUGCUUUACCGUUCAAGAGGAGACACGCUUCGAUGUCUCGGUAGUUUAGAUAAUGCUUAAGCUACCCAAAGGACUGAAGAAGAAAAAGAAAGGCAAAAAGUCCAAGAAAGAUCAGGAACUCUUUACCGAGGAGGAGCUCGAGCAGUACCGCCGGGAGCACCAGAAUCAGUCGGCGCUCAACUCGGCGGCACCAUCGGACAGCGAGGACCAGCCGGGCGGUAGCGAAAAGUCCGAAAACGACGAGGAAUGGUCGAAGUUUGCCGCACUGACCAGUGGCAUUGAUUCGGUGCUAAAGAAAACCCAGGGCGAUCUAGACCGUAUCAAGAGCACCUCGUUCUUCCAGAAGGUUCCGACCAAGGUCGAGCAGGAGGCAAGGGAGCGUGAGGAGCGCGAACGCCGGGAGCAGGAGGAACGGGAACGGGCAGCAGAAGUAGCGAAGGCACAGGAGGAACAGCGUGCCGCAGAAGAGCUAAUAAACGCGGUCGUCGAGCUUUCCGAAUCGGAACCAAACUCGGAAGCGGAGGAAGAUAUCUUCGAUACUGGGUAUAUCGAUGCGAUAGCGAGCGGUGAACUACCGAUCGCAUACGUACCAGAGUCGCCCGUACUUGAGUCGUUCGAAGGCGAAGACCCGUUUGAUACUUCGUACGCGGAAAAGGUUAUCAAAGGACCGGAAGUUUCGAAGCGGGGCAAGAAGAUCGUUAACAUCGGAUCGGCCGUUGAGGUACUUACUGGACGCGUUGAGAGUGUCGGUACUGGUUCGACCAAGGGUAAUCGACAGAGACGAGGCAUACAGAAUCUACUGCUCGCAAGCUUCGACGAGGGUAGCGAACAGCAGCAGGGUCGUAACGAAGGUGAGUCAAGACUUGGUGCGGAAGGUAAAGCAGCGGAACAACAGCCAGCAGAGGAACCGCAAACGUUCAGUUUGUUGGAUGAUUCGGCCGACUUACCGGCGGACGUACCAAUCGAUCUAAGCGUAUCGCUACAUCUGUCGCUACAAAAGCAGCAGCAAGAGCAACAGCAAGAGGAAGGUGAAUCGCACCCAGAUCCGGCCGGCACCGGUGUCGCACCGGAGCUCGAUUUAGACGAGUUUGACGAUCUUAAGAAACGUACACCUGUACUCGCUGGAGGUGACGACUUUGAGCUACUGAUUGGAGACGCUGCUGCAAAAGAACGGAUUCCAAAAGGUCCAACAAACGCGGACUUACCGGUUGUUGAUCUAGACGAGUUUGAGGACGCUCCGGUAGACGAUCCGUUUGAUACCGGGUUUGUAGAGCGCAUUCUACCCGCCACCGCGGUUGAGGACGACGAGUUUGAUCCGCGUGCCGAAGAACCGGAAGUACCCGAGGACGACUUUGACUUUGAUCCACGAGCUGCCGAACGGGACGAGAAGCGUCCCAGCACACCGGAUCUAUUUUCCGUCGAUCAAAACAGUUCACUACAGGUCGCGGCCGGUGCGGGUUCGCUGACGAAAGAUUUGCUAUCCGGCAGCAGUUCGGACCUAGCGGGUAUCGCGCACGCACCACUCGAGUGUACAGCCGGGGGCAUCCCGACAGCCUCCGCACCAGCGGCAGCGGAUCCGUUCGAUACGUCGGACGUUGAAUUUAUUGUAGCACCGGGCAAAACCGAACUAAAGUUUCUCGAGGAGGAACUGCUCACGGAUCGUGGUGCAGGUUUGAGCCAUUCGCUCAGUGAUCCCGAUUUUGAUCCACGCGGUGAAGCCGAAAAGGAGGACGAGCAUACCGCGACCCAGGAAGAGCAACGUACUGAAGAGGACUUCCAGUCGCUUGCCCAGCGCAAAUCUUCGCUUAGUCUGCACAUCAGCAACGGAGGGCCGCUAGGUGCUAAUCGGAGCAAGUCGGUAGUAUUUGCCGUACCGACACCGGACCUGCUCAAGCUCGACGGUGAACAGUCGAUCGCGAAGAAACCGCUAACGCCGUACUACAACCGUGAACCAUCCCUGCAGGACGUAGAGGUCGACCCGUUCGAUACCUCGUUUGUGCCGUCGGUCGCACCGACACAGCUCGAGCUAAGCUUGCUAGAGCAGGAGCUAAACAGUGCAUCGCUGCACCACAGCCUAUCCGAUCCGGAGUUUGAUCCGCGUGCCGACUCCCCGACGGCAGCACCGUCCAACACCCGUUCGGAUCUCCUCGGUGUGAGUGAGGAGGAACAUCUGCAGAAGGUACUAACACCUGCACGCGGCGGAACGGCAGCAGCAGUUGAGGCGGACCCUUUCGAUACAUCCAUUGCGGUGAACUUGCAGCCGGGUCGGGCAGAGUUGAAGUUGCUGGAAGACGAGCUCAUUCCACCGGUGGCCAAGGAUAGUAGUGUCGUAUCAGACAUCUUGUCAGACGGUGCACCGGAAGCUAGUUCCGUGUUUGUGAAGGUGCUAACGCCGCAGGCCAGCAACAGUUCGAUCGAUCUCGGCGGUGGUAUUGGUGGGCUCGAAUCGGAGGAGAUCGAUCCAUUCGAUACAUCGUUCGUGCCGAGCCUGGGACCGGGACGGGCGGAAAUAAAGCUUCUCGAGAGUGAGUUGAUCGAUCAGUAA